AUGAACAUUUCGUUUCAUUUUUCUUCAUAUGGCUAUUGUUUUUAUCUAGGUGACAAAGGGGAAAAGGGUUUGCCUGGGAUAGCCGGAGGAAAGGGCAAAGCAGGUACUGUAUGUGAUUGUGGAAGAUACCGGAAAGUUGUGGGACAACUGGACAUUAGUGUUGCUCGGCUUAAGACAUCUAUGAAGUUCAUCAAGAAUGUCAUAGCAGGGAUUAGGGAAACUGAAGAGAAAUUCUACUACAUCGUGCAGGAGGAGAAGAACUACCGGGAAUCCCUGACCCACUGCCGGAUCCGGGGGGGCAUGUUAGCCAUGCCAAAGGACGAGGCUGCCAACACCCUCAUCGCUGACUACGUGGCCAAGAGCGGCUUCUUCCGGGUGUUCAUCGGGGUGAAUGAUCUGGAGAAGGAGGGGCAGUACGUGUUCACGGACAACACUCCACUGCAGAACUACAGCAACUGGAAGGAGGGGGAGCCCAGCGACCCCUUUGGUCACGAGGACUGUGUGGAAAUGCUGAGCUCCGGCAGGUGGAAUGACACCGAGUGCCAUCUUACCAUGUACUUUGUCUCUUUUGGUUUCAAAGGUAUUUUGCCCCCAGGAUUUUCCCCCCAGAGUUACACUUCUCCUCACAGAGUGGCCCGACAGAUAAAGAAGAUAAAAUUUUCAUCUUCAAGACAAUGGCUAUUCCUGUCUGUCAAAAGAUGCAAUGCUGAUGAGAAAUAGAGCUGAGAGUCAUAAUUGGAUGUAAUUGAUUCUUAAACCAUCUAUACUUUUUCUAAGAUGCAGUUCAUCUAAACCUAUGUUAAUCAA